GAAUCCGUAUAAAUACCAUCCCUUCAUCUGCCAUCUUUCCAUUUUUUUUCUUCAUCCUGCAUCCUCUCCUCAGCUUCUCCAAGUAUCUCCAAGUCUUUUCAAGCCUUUCCAAGUCUUUUCAAACCAACAACAACCUCAGCUCUUUCACCAUGAAGUACACUAUCAUCCUCGCUGCAGUCAUUGCCCUCGUCCAGGCUGCUCCUCUGAUCAACAACGGCGGCAAGGCUAUUGCUGACUCGUACAUUGUUGUUCUCAAGGACGGCCACAACGCUGAUUCUUUCCAGGCCAAGUUCGAUGACAUUGCCAAGCGCCAGAACGGCCGUGGUCGCAAGCCCACCAUCCACCGCAAGUACCAGAAGUUCCCCGGUUUCGCUGCCACCAUCAACCAGGCUGCUCUCAAGGAGCUCCUUGCUGCUGAUGAGGUUGAUUUCAUCGAGCAGGAUGCCAUCAUCUCCCUCCAGGGCUCCCAGACUUCCCCCCCAUCCUGGGGUCUCACCCGCGUCUCCGAGCGCAACCUCGGCCUGACCCAGCCCUAUCUCUACAAUGAUGCUGCCGGUCAGGGUGUCACCGCCUACGUUGUCGACACCGGUGUCUACGCCGCCCACUCUGACUUUGGCGGUCGUGCUACCUUCGGUGCCAACUUCAUCUCCGGCUCCGCCAACACUGACGAGAAUGGUCACGGUACCCACGUCUCCGGCACCAUCGGAGGCACCAAGUACGGUGUUGCCAAGAAGGUCAGCAUUGUCGGUGUCAAGGUCCUCGAUGCCCAGGGAUCCGGUGCCACCUCUGGCGUCGUUGCCGGUAUGGACUGGGUUGCUGCCCGCGCUGUCCCCGGCAAGUCCGUUGUCAAUAUGUCUUUGGGUGGUAGCAAAUCUUCUGCCAUCGACGCUGCUGCCGCCCGCCUUUAUGCCGCCAACAUUCCCUUGAUCGUCGCUGCCGGUAACAGCGCCACCACCGACGCCUGUGAUGGCUCGCCCUCCGGUGCCGCCAACGCCUACACCGUCGCUGCUUCCGACAAAUACGACGCUGUCGCUUCCUUCACCUCGUACGGUUCCUGCGUCGAGAUUUUCGGACCCGGUGUCGCCAUCACCUCCGCCUGGAUUGGCUCCACCUCUGCCACCAACACCAUCUCGGGUACUUCGAUGGCCACCCCCCACGUUGUCGGUGUUGCCGCCUUGUACCUCUCCUUCAACAGCUUGCCCACCGCCUCGUCUCUCUUCAACAAGUUGACCUCGACCGCCACCACCGGCAAGAUCACCGGCAACUUGAAGGGCUCGCCCAACCGCCUCGUCUUCAACGGCGCUGUCUAAACGACACUUUAUCAAAGAAAUUUUAGGGAGUAAGGGCCGUUAGGACUGGGUCCGCGGUUGCUUCUUACCUUUCGUAUACAUAUCCUAUUAUUUUUGUGAAUACCCAUCAAGAAUCAAAAUAACUACAGCAAAAGACAAACCUCCCAGCCUAUGUUGUACAUAGCCAAUACCUUAGUCUUGAAUGGAAUAAAAUCUGAGGCGUUGAUCGUCUCCAAAAAAAA